CUGGGCAAGACGCAUGAAAUGACUUGAUAUCGAUUUUAUCAAUUCCCAUCCCUGUUAAGAGAGAAAAUGUUGGUCAUGGUGUCCAUACUCGAACAUUUGCUAUUCCUGUCGAAAUGUUUCAGAUUUGAUUUUUUUUUUUGUUUGCUUUGUUGUUAAAAAAGAAGAAUGUCGAGUGGCAAAACUUAUUCGAGAGAAGCCGAGAUGAAGAACGUGUUCAGAGAGUCCUUCACAGGAGACGGGGCGCGUAGGUUCCGUUCAGCGGUCUCUGAGUAUGCCAAACCAAGUGUUGGCAUCCGAUCUGAGCUAAGCAUGUAAAAGGCCUUCCAGAAGUCGCCCACAUUGUGAUCUCCCUUUUUCCUUAUUUUACGACCGGAACUCGUGGAGCGACUCGGACUCCCUUCUCUUUCUUACCACUGUUUGGCUGAACCUGCAAUUAGUGACACACCGAAACUUCUUUGCGGCGAUUUGGGCGGCUACCAAUGUGAUGGAACCCUAAAUUCGCGCGCUUUCGCCUUUGAAACAGGUAUCUGUCACGUUUGAUCGUUAUCGGCUGAUAUGAAGCCCACUAGGACGCUUAUUUGUUUCAACCAGUGGCGCAUGCACAGAGUUGCGAGGUCUACAUUUGGUUCGCUGUUGCGUCCUACAGCAAGUCUCCACGUAGACGCUGCUCAGAACCUUGGAGAAUUUAAGGGAACAACUAGUACUAGUUUGUUUAAAUCAUGGUUUCAUACUUUCUUGAAAGAAAAAUUUGGUAGUUUGGAGCAGAAAUCUCAAGUUGGUAUCCGUGAAUUUUCAAAGUUUGCUAAAUGGGAGAGCCCUCUGACUAGAGACCGACUCGUGCAACUUUGGCUCAUGGACGAGAGAGAGGAACGCGAUAGGAAGAAAAGAAAGCAGAGGGUGCUUGGUUCUGGCCCGGUCGAAGGAAACGUGUUCAGAAGCCCUUCUACCUUUGGAUUUCCUUUUAAAAGGCUCUUUCCUGGUAUACGAGGUGUAGUGGAUGAUUCUCUGUCAAAAGAGAGCACUCCCCCUGUGCAGCCACCUCUCAGCCAAACUGGGACAUAUUUUCUGGAGCCAACUUCCGCAGAGGAGGUCAAGGUAGAGCGUCUCCUUGCAAGGGCAAACUUGCUUAUUACAAGAGAUAUAGAAUGGGCAAAUCUUAUGCUUGGUUUUGAGCAGGAGAACCGAUAUGCUGUUGUUGAUCCUGCUUAUCCUCAAUCUCCUGCAGGUUAUAUACGUGAGCAGAGCAAUAUUAUCUUUAGGCAGUUGUUGCGUACAAGGCGACCUUUUAUUGCUUACAUAAUGGAUGCCCAAGGGAAUGAGUUAUUCCGAGUGCGCAGGCCUCCUUGGUUGAUAAAUAGCACCAUCUAUGCAGAGAUAAAUGGAAAGGAAAUUGGUGUUGUUCACAGGCGAUGGCAUCUUUGGAGGAGGAUAUAUGAUCUAUACCUGGGGAAGGAGCAGUUUGCAGUUGUAGAAAAUCCUGGCUUUUGGAAUUGGACAUUUACCUUAAAGGACAAUGAAGGGAAUGUACUUGCUGAAAUUGAUCGUGACUGGAGGGGUAUUGGUCUUGAGCUGUUUACUGAUGCAGGGCAAUAUGUAAUAAGAUUUGGACAUUCCAAUGAAAAUGUCAAGGCCGGUCCAGUUUCUCAGAUCCAUGAGCUGGAAAUUUCUCGUCCAUUAACUCUAUCAGAGAGAGCUGUGGCAGUUGCAUUGGCUGUGUCAUUGGACAAUGAUUACUUCUCUAGGCACAGUGGCUGGGGAAUCCCUUUUAUUCCAAUUGCCGGAGGUGAAUAGGAAACUUCCAGUGAUUGAACCAGUUGGCAAACAUGAUUUUGAUUUACAAAGGCUCCAGAGUUGAUGUAUGUCUCUGAAAACAUUAUGAAUGGAAUAAUGAUCUCGAGAAGCUGUAUUGGAGCAACACAUCAGUAACCAAGGAAUGAGCUAAUGCUCAUGAACAUUUUAAGGAGAGUUUUACCCCAUCUGAUAGUUCUUGGUGGAAACACCUUAGAAGGUCACUUCAUUUUCAUUUCUUGUAGUGCCAAUCUAGCACAAGGCCUUAUCUUAUUUAUAUUUAGUUUAUUUUAUAUUUAGUUUAUUUAUUGUAUUUUGUUUGAUUUGAUUUCCCAAUAUUUCGUUUGUAUUGACAAUGGUCUCUCAAACGAAUAGAAUACAAUAGAAUUCGAUCGUC